UCGGAGGCAGAAGUAAUGGACGAGUAUCAGACAGAAGAGGAGACUGCAUUCAUCGUCGAUGAAGUGAGCAAAAUUAUAAAAGAGGCAGUAGAAGCAACUAUAGGAGGAAAUGCCUACCAGCACAGCAGAGUGAACCAGUGGAGCACCAGUGUGGUGGAGCAGUGCCUCAGUCAUCUCAGCAAGCUGGGGAAGCCUUUUAAAUAUAUUGUAACCUGUAUCAUCAUGCAGAAAAAUGGGGCAGGUCUGCAAACAGCCAGCACAUGCUUCUGGGAUAACUCCACUGAUGGAAGCUGUUCUGUGAGAUGGGAGAACAAGUCCAUGUACUGUAUCGUCAGUGUUUUUGGGCUGGCCAUCUGAACCAACUACAGUGUACCUAGAAUGUUUGAAUUGUAUAGGAUUUUGUGUGUUAUUGAGAACCUGAGUGUUGUAUUUGGUCACAUUGACUGUAUGUUAAUACACUUUUCUGCUUUUAUACUAAGUGCUAUUGAAUAAAAACAUACUAUCCUGGA